UUAUAUGGGGGGUCGACUGUAUUUCUUUCAAUUUUUACUCAUUCGUCUCCUGUUGCAUGACUCCGCAACUUCAAAUAAAUCUUAGGGAUUUGCACGUUUUAAAAUCAACACUCUUCCGAGUCUAAUAGAGGAAAUACAGUAUAUAAUUCUCACUUAAUAUUAGGUAUAUGACUGUAAUUUAUCUAUUGUAUUUAAAACUUUACAAAAGUUGAAAACAUUAAUAUAUAUAAUAAGAACAAAGUUCGAAUAAAAGUAAUUAGAAGACAAAAUCAUUUUCAAAACUAAAAAUAAAGUUAUUCAUCCUCUCACGUGAUUAAAUCUUCAAUAUAUAUUAACUCAUUCGUGUCAUUGCAAGCAGUUUAUAAUUUCGAUUUGAUCGUACUUAAUACUGGAUAAUACGUUUAAAAAUAAUGAAUUGGUUUUUAAUAUUAUUUUAUUUGUCAACUGCUACUGCUGCUCCUUUUAGAACUGAAUUAGACUUUUUCUGGAAAAAAUAUAAAUUGCAAUUUAAUAAACGUUAUAACUGGAUGGAAGAUGCUGCACGUCGUUUGAUUUGGGAGCAAAAUUUAGAUAUGAUCAACAGGCACAAUUUAGAAGCUGAUUUAGGGAUGCAUUCCUUCUGGCUUCAAAUGAAUCAUCUCUCAGAUAUGAAUCACGUUCGGUUUAACUGCAAAUUAAAUAAGUCAGCACUUAGCAAUUCUGAUGAUUUCAGUUCAACUUUUAUUCCCCCAUCCAAUAUUAAAAUUCCGGAUGAAAUUGAUUGGAGAGAGAAAGGUUACGUUACUGAAGUCAAAAAUCAAGGAGAAUGUGGAUCUUGUUGGGCUUUUUCUGCAACUGGUUCCUUGGAAGGGCAGACGAAGAGAAAAACAGGAACUCUGACUUCAUUAAGUGAGCAGAAUUUAGUAGAUUGUUCCAGAUCUGAAGGAAACGAUGGUUGUAAUGGAGGUUUAAUGACUCUCGCCUUUGUUUACGUUAUGAGAAACCAUGGCUUAGAUACUGAAGAAUCAUAUCCCUACAAAGGAAUAGAUGAACAUUGUCGGUUCAAGAAUUCAACCAUAGGAACAACGUGCAAACAUUACGUAAAAAUUUCAUCUGGUAAUGAAGAUGAUCUGAAGAAAGCUGUAGCAACAGUAGGGCCGAUAUCAGUAGCGAUCCACGCUGAUAACAAAUUUAUGCAUUAUAAAUCUGGUAUAUAUGAUGAUCCUCACUGUAAAGCCAGAGAUUUCAAUCAUGGAGUGCUAGUUGUAGGAUAUGGAUCAAAGGAUGGAAAGGAUUAUUGGAUUGUUAAAAAUAGUUGGGGAAAAGAUUGGGGUAUGGAAGGAUACAUUUUAAUGGCAAGAAAUAAGAACGAUCAAUGUGGCAUCGCGAAAUUUGCAAGCUAUCCAAUCGUAUAAUUAUUAAAUAUUAUGUAAUAAAAAUAAUAUUAAAAUAGUAAUAGUAAUGAAGUAAUAUUUUUAAUUAUUGA